CAGAGGUGCGUACAGGCGGAAGCUACACCAAGACACUCAAUUCGGCAAUUAUCUUCUGCAAAGUGAAGUUUCCUCUCAAAAUGCAACAUCAUUUGUAAUGAUGAGAAUGAAAUCUGGAAAUCGCGCUCCUGUAUCCUAUUCAAGGUCUUCAAUUUCACAGGAUUAUGCCGAGUUCUCCACGGAGGCCAGCACGAGUAUAAAGAGGACCUUAUCCACCUCGGCUGGAUGAGAGACAACCGGCGUCGGUGUACCAUUGCUGCGGCAGUUCUCCGCUGAUUGUAUGUAACCCACGCCUGGUCUGAUGUUGAACGUGAGCGCCAUGACCACGAACCAGUCCUCGGGGAUCGGCAACCACUCCGCCGCGCCUUGGUUCGGCGGCAUCAUGGUGUACCACCCCGUCAUCAUCCCCAUCGUGUACGGCAUCAUCUCCCUCAUCGGUCUGACGGGAAACUCACUAGUCAUCUAUGUCGUCAUGAAGUACGCCCGUGUCAAGUCCGUCACCUACCUGUACAUACUCAACCUGGCCCUCGCGGAUGAGCUGUUUGUGUUACUCCUGCCCCUCUCAGCAGCCUCUAUCGGACUGGAGACGUGUCCGUUUGGCACAGUGAUGUGUAAGAUAGCCCUGUACGUGGACACCUUGAACCAGUUCGUCAGCAUCUUCUGCCUGAGUCUGAGUGUGGACCGGUUCGUGGCUGUGGCGUGUCCCGUGAUUUCUGUGAACCGCCGGAACACCCGCAUGGCUCGUACGGUCAACAUCAGCGUGUGGGCCAUCUCACUGGUGGUCAGUUCCCCUGUGGUCAUCUUCGCCAACACGGACACUGCCGAGCAGCACGAGACCCACUUGAUCACGUGUAACCUCCACUGGCCGGAACACGUGUCCAGUACCAUGGGGGAGGCGUGGGUGAUCUACACCUUCACCCUGGGGUUUGCCGUGCCGUUGAUCGUCAUCGUCACGUGCUAUUCCCUCAUGACCAGACGGCUCUGCGACAGCGUGAAAGGCACCAGUACCACCGUCCAGCGCAACCAGUCUCGCCGCCACCGCGAGAAGGCCAUCAAGAAAGUCGAGCGUUUGGUAGCCGUGGUAGUAACUGUUUUCGUCAUCUGCUGGCUGCCCUUCUACAUCUUCCAAAUCGCGAACCUGUCGAACGCGUUCUCGGGGAUGGAGCUCGACACGGCCGCCGGACUCUUCUACUUCACCAUCACCCUGUCGUACGCCAACAGCUGCUGCAACCCCGUACUCUACGCUUUCUUCGACGAGAACUUCAAGAAGAGCUUCCAAGAGGCGCUGAAGUUCCGCCCGAAGAUCCGCUUCACCAAGAACCUCGGCCCGAGCCAAGCUUACAACACUUUCUAUUCACGCCGCACAGAGCUGGUGACCAUGACCGUGAAGUCCACAGUGCCGAUGACCACUGGAGAUCACACACGAAUGGACACACUGAAGCUGCCUAACUGCGUGCCCACGCCGGAGAUGUCCAAGCACUAUGGACAAGAACAGAGCGGGCCAAGCGCACGAAAACACUUUCAACAACAAAUAUAUGAUGCUGCCGGAUCCUCAGAUAUGUGAGUUGUAGACGCGAAAUGGCACCUUUGGGUUAAGCGGGAAAAUGUUCCAUGUGUGGUACAUUUUCGGUUUUCUCCAAGCAGAGGUUUCGAUCGGAAUAGCGGUGAGGUAAGGAGGCAGUCGUAUGAAAUCCUGAACAUAUCAUCCCCCUAACCAAAACUUCUACUUGGAGAAUACUAUAAGUACAUUUUCGGACCACGUGGUUAGCCGCAGGGGAGUAUGAAGAAUUCCAUUAGUGAGAAAUACUCGGCGCCAGAGCAAAAGCACUUGCGCACUUAACAGUUUGAAGAAUAUUCAUUUGAAAACUCCUUUAUGUGAAGAAAACACUACAGCGAAACAAAAACGGAGAUUGCAUUGAUGAUUAAAAGUAUCGGCGUAUCGUUUGUCAUUAGGCCGAAUCAUAGGUCUAUUGAAAACCUUUGUGAAGAUGCUCAUUCCCUUCUACGAUUUAAAAAAAUAAGAGGACCGAAACAGAAUCGU